GAAUACUCGGUACUCGCUACCUACUCGAUACUCAAAACUCGGUACUCAGUACUCAGUUCCCAGUACUUGAUACUCAAUGCUGAAUAUCUUGGUACUCAACUGAGCACUGAGUACCGACUACCGAGCACCAAGCACCAAGCACCAAGCACCAAGCACCAAGCACCAAGCACCAAGCACCAAGCACCAGGCACCAGGCACCGGGCACUGGGCACUGAGCACUGA